AUGAGUAACACAGACGAAGGGAUUAAGAUGAUUAAAGAUCGGCUGUGUUGUAAAAGGCUUCUCCUUCUCCUCGAUGAUGUUAACAAAAAGAAUCAAUUGAAUGCACUUAUGGGCAAGUGCGAUUGGUUCGGUGAAGGAAGUAAGCUUAUCAUCACAAACAGAGAGGUUGUCAAUGUUAUUGAAGUGGAUUGCGCCUAUGAGCUUAACUGCAUGGAUUACAACAAAUCUCUUCAACUUUUCAGCAAAUGUGCCUUUAGAAGAGAUUGUCCUUUGGAUGAUUAUCUCACCCACUCCAGAAAGGCGGUAGGCAUUGCCCAAAGUCUGCCAUUAGCUCUCGAGGUUAUAGGUUCGUCUUUAUCAGGCAGCAAGAAAGAAAAGUGGGAUGUCAUACUGAAAAUGUUGGAAAAAGUUCCUCACGAGGAAGUCAGCAGUAAGCUGAAGAUAAGUUAUGAGACAUUGGAUGAUCGACAAAAGCACGUCUUUCUUAAUGUAGCUUGUCUUUUCAUUGAAUGUGACAAAAAUAUUGUGAUCCAAAUGGAUGACUCUGAACUUUUCCGGAAGAAGCCUUGGAAGCUCUGCAGCAUAUGUCCUUGA